UCUGAACGCCGAGACUACUGGUCGCUUCCCCUUCACAAAAUUACCUCGCCGACGACAAGAAAAUUAUCGUUGCAGCAAGCGAAAGAAAAAGAAAAGAGCAAAUAUGCAGGUCACUUGUGCAACUACCCAACCCACGCGGGUCCCCUGCUGGCUUUUGUGAAGACCCUGUUGAGUCGGUCGGCACCGCCACCUGUGCAACAUUCGAACCUUAUCGCGACUCACCUCAGGUCUCGGUCGCGACUCUGGCCGUUGGAUUAGGUUGAGGUUAGGUUGCCCUUCACUUUUUGCUUUUGCACGUUGCGGGUACUGCUUGGAGAUCCUCCCAGGACUCCAUACUCGCCUACACGCUACGCAAGUCUCAGGGGCACAGCAGCGUUAUCUAGGUCACCCUGGUUGAACCUCUGACACCUUUCUCGCGGUCACCCCAGGGUCCUGGUCGAUGGUCAUGCCUCAAGGAUCAUGACAAGUGAGGGGAACCUGGACUUGAGAUAAAGCAUCAACGUGGUGUUGUGGAGAUCUUGAGACCUAGCCAUCUGACUUUCAGAUACAGCCUACAAUACAAUACAAGAGGACAGGUAACUCUGAGGUGCAGGAGACACGUGAGGCCCACCGCUCUAAGACUCUUCUAGAGCCUAUAGCCUGCCCGUCCGCAUUGUCACCUCCUCCGAGAGCGGUAUUUGUCAAUCGUCCAGUGGCCAAAAUGGCCACUACUGCAGGAACCGCCACAAGGACAGGAACGACAGGAACGACAGCGGCCCCCAAGAUCGACAGCAUUGAGUCAACCUCCUCAUCAACCCUCCAAUCCAAACCCCGACCAUAUACUCUCCGACGAGCUCAACUGUCAGAUCUGUCACCAGCAGCACGCACUGUAUCACUGGGCUUUUGGGACGAUGUUCUGUUCGGCCGCUUAAUCCACCCGUUCCGGAACUCUUAUCCUUCCCACGUGGACAAGUACUGGUAUCGCAAGUUCAUCGUUGAUUACUGGGACUGGAGCCAUGUCAUGCUCGUCACCACCGAACCUGCGGCGGGAGACUCCUCGGCCGGUGGAAAGCCAGAGAUUGUGACCGGCUUUGCACAUUGGAGUCGCAUCGCCCCGAGUCGACAGGUCAACUACAAGGCGAGUUGGGAUCUACCUUGGUGGGACCCAAGGAGGAUAUUGAAACCGGUAUUCGCGUUGUUCUCACGUCUUCUUGGCAUAAUUUCACCCAAUCGUGCCGUUUCCAAAACCCAUGAGACCAUCCUCGAACAGUCUUAUCAUUUCCUGGAUCACAUUUGGACUGGGCCUCGGUCCGAGUCUUGGUAUCUUGAAUGCAUCGCCGUCCACCCAGAUUAUCAAGGUCGUGGACAAGGUCGUGCGUUGGUACAGUGGGGAUUGCAAAAGGCACGCGAAGAAGGUAUUGCCUGUAGUGUCAUCUCUGCUGAAGGUAAGGAGACAUUCUACGAAAGGUGUGGCUUCGACAGUGGUCCAGUGGCAAGAUCCGGCGAAGGUGGGUUGGAAAACCCAUUGAGAGAGGUAGAGGGCGGCAUCUGCUUCUUCAAAGACAAGGACGGGGUAGUCGUCAAAGACAGAGUGUUGGGAGAUUGGACUUAUGGUCCAGGCGAUUACGAUUGGGUUGCUUGGACGCAGAGAGUAGAAAAGAAGUCGGGGGAGGAUCAAAGCGACGGUGACCAAGCUCCUGUUGGCUGGAAAACCGAGGCUGGUUCACCUUGGAGCUGGAGAGAGGUCUGAGAUUCUCAAGUUGUCUUGCAAAUCCUUGGAUUGUCAAAGAGGAGAACCAUGGCAGGUACUGUUCGACGAUACGGGCUGUCGGAGCCAUGUAAUCUCAACUUCAACUACAUCGGUAGAGUCGAGGGCAUUGUUUCGCCUGGAGCGAGUAAUAUUGACCCCACGACAUGUAUCAACAAGAGAGCAUCAACGUCCUGGUGGCGGUGGCUUCUCAAGACCUACCACGUGGGGAGAACGCCACGAUGUACUGACACGCGCAGACAUCUAUCAUCACCCACGUUGUCGUCGUCGUCGACGUCGACACGAUAGACGUUUCACAUGUGUUAAUCGGCUAUUCCUGAGGUAUGAUGAG